AUGUUUGGAAACAACAACAGCCGUGCCCAGACUUCCACCGCCACCCGCAGACUCAUGAAGGAGUAUCGCGACCUGACGGCUGACCCAUUACAGGACACUAUCACUGCUGGGCCUGUAUCGGAAGACAACAUGCUGGAGUGGGAGGCCCUCAUUCAAGGCCCGGAGGGCACGCCUUAUGAGGGCGGUGUCUUUGCAGCCAAGCUGGUAUUUCCUUCCGAUUAUCCUCUGAACCCUUUCACCAUGACGUUCGACCCUCCUCUUCUCCAUCCCAACAUUUAUCCAACCGGCCAGGUCUGCAUCUCCAUAUUGCAUCCUCCGGGAGAUGACCCUUUACAAUACGAGUCCGCGUCAGAGCGUUGGUCUCCGGUCCAAGGCGUCCGCAGCGUUCUCCUCAGUGUGCUCAGUAUGCUCGCAGAACCGAACAUUGAGAGUGGCGCCGAUGUUGAGUGCUGUAAAUUGUACCGCGACAAUCGUGCAGAAUUUGAACGGCGUGUGCGAGAGCAAGUCAGGACUCUUUUGGGUAUAUAG